AUGAUCUUUAACACAAUUCUCAGAAACACCGCCAGAAGGGCAGGCGCCUCUUCCAGACAAGCAUUCACGAGGUCGUACACCGUAGGACCCUUGACUGGGGUCCGUUGGUUGAAGGGGGAAGUGAAGAGAGUGACGCCAACAUUGGGUGUAUGGGCUUCUAUUUUAAUUACUACCUUGUUGUGA